UCUUGGUUUGGGUAACCAGAUGUUGAUCAUCUUUCUGAUGCAUCACACAGGACCCAUUAUUAGCCAUAUGUCUAAUGAGAUUGCAAAUGAAGCUCUAAACUUCAUAUGUACGCUGCUGCCGGAUCAUGAUUUCUACGGUAUAUGCGUACCUUGGAUUCAACAGCUGGUAGAAGUGCUUUUAAAAGGUGGUUCAGAGAUGUUUGAAGUUCCAAUGGAGUUGAGGUACAAUUUCUUGUACAACUUUCAAAUGGCAUGUCCGAGUCCGACGAUGGAUACACCGGACCAGCUCGUGGUGCAGUUGGCAAGUGCUUGGGAUAUCGAGGUGAUUUAACGUGAGCUUGUGAUUGAUUUUUCUUUUGUUUGUUUCUUCUAUUAAGAGUUUUCUUAAGCAUGUUUAAGCUACGUUAUUGUUGAAGAGCAUGAUCUCGACUUCUAAAGCUGUUUAAUUUCUCAUCCACUAAUCAUCAAGAAAAUUCACAGAA